GCCUCCCUGGCCACCGUGCUCGCCUCCGACCCGGACCUGGGCCCCAACGGCAGGGUCACCUACCGCCUGCUGGACAGUGAAGUCAUGGGCGGCCCCAUCUCCACCUAUGUCUCUGUGGAUCCGGCCACGGGGGCCAUCUACACGCUCCGCACGUUCAACUUCGAGAUCCUCAAGCAGCUCGAGCUCACCAUCCAGGCCACCGACGGCGGGUCCCCUCCACUCUCCAGCACCGCAGUGGUGAACGUGCGUGUGCUGGACCAGAACGACAACGCGCCCGUCAUCACACACCCAGCACUCACCAACGGCUCCCUUGAGAUCGGGGUCUCCAGCAAGGCUGCACGGGACUCUGUCGUGGCGCACAUCAGGGCCCGGGAUGCUGACGAGGGCGUCAACUCGGAGCUCAGCUUCUCCUUGCUGGAAGAUCCCCAGAGGCAGCAGCCGGGCGCCCUGGAGCUCUUCGCCAUGGACAAGAGGACCGGGGAGGUCGUGCUGACCCGGAGCUUCUCCGAAGAACAGCUGGGCUACGUCUACCCGCUGCUCCUCGUCGUGGCUGACAACGGGCAGCCGCCCCUCUCUACCACGGCCACGGUCAGCUUCCAGGUGACCGCACAGCUGCCCCCCUCCAGUGGCCAGAACUUGGUGGCCAAGCGCAACGCGUGGGAAGGGAAAGCGCUGCAGUGGGACAUCCCCUUGAUUGUCAUCAUCAUCCUGGCCGGGAGCUGCACCUUGCUGCUGGUGGCCAUCAUCACCAUCGCCACCACUUGCAACCGGCGCAAGAAGAAGAAGGGCGCCCUGGAGGAGCCGCUGAACGCCUCGCACCUGGAGAAGGGGCUGCAGGAAGACAAGCCCUGCAGCCUCCGAGCCGCCGGCAACAGCUUUGAGGGGCACUCGUUCGCCAGCAAGUCUUCCUUCACCAGCCCGGAGCCUUCCCCAGCCAGCGAGGACAUCCCCGUCUCCGAGAGCAGCAGGGAGAGCGCCAGCCUGUACGACAGCCAGAGCCGGCUGCGAGGCGCCAGUGCAGAGUCUUACGCCUCCACCCCCAGUUACAGCAAGGAGCCGGUUCCACCUGUUGCCAUCUGGAAGGGCCACUCCUUCAACACCAUAUUGGGCAGGGAAGCCGAGAAGUUCAGCGGCAAGGACAGCGGCAAAGGGGACAGCGACUUCAACGACAGCGACUCCGACAUCAGCGGAGACGCCCUCAAGAAGGACCUCAUCACUCACAUGCAAAACGGGCUCUGGGCCUGCACCUCCGAAUGCAAGAUCCUGGGCCACUCGGACCGCUGCUGGAGCCCAUCCUGCGGCCGGUCCAACCCCCACCCCUCGCCCCGGCCCAAGCCGCGGCUGUCAACCUUCUGCAAAAGCACUUCGCUGCCCAGGGACUCCCUGCGCCGAGACAACUAUUACCAGGCGCAGCUGCCAAAGACGGUGGGGCUGCAGAGCGUCUAUGAGAAGGUCCUGCACAGAGACCACGACCGGACCCUGGCACUGCUGUCCCCCCCGCACCCAGGGAGGCUGCCCGACCUGCAGGAGAUCUCAGUCCCCGUGUACCAGGCGCCCGCCCCGUGCUACCUGGGCCCUCCACCCGAGAGCACUCAGAAAGUCUGA